AUGGCCCCAAUGCUUGGCUGUCGUCCGGGGCUGCUACGUCGGCAGGUGCUGUGCGGAGAACUGAAAUUGAGAGAAGGCUAUACAAAAAUGGACGUUGUCUGUUUUCUUCUUACGGACAUGUUUCUCGUUUGCAAGGUAAUGGGAAGAAAAGGCGAAAAGCCGAAGAUGAGGGUCAUUCGUCCACCAUUUCACCUUGACUCUGUCAUAAUAAAGCAGACGAAAGAUGCAAAUGGAUUCAUGUUCGUAAGCUUCAACGAAUUUCGAGUACCUUCUUUCGCAUGCAUCUUUCUCACUAACUCCUUGGCGGAAACUUACAAAUGGUUGGAAGCAUUUAAAUUUGCGAAGGAGGAGUACACGCAACUGCGUAACUUCAACCAGGCGCAGCUGGGUCUGUCGCCGUUGCAAGAAAAAUUCGGUGACCUUGGUGUUCAAGCGAAUUGUCCCGUUCUGCACGGGAAACAGCCUGCGUCGACCGGCGGUUUCAAGGGUCAAAAGCCUUCCACGUCCAACGGACCAAGCCGCCGCAUCAGCAUGGGAGCGGUCGACAGACGCUCAUCCGUGUCGACGGCGACUGACGUUAGUCACCGGAAGUCUAGCAGCAUGGAUAAUUCUUUAGGACCGCUUGCGACGUUUGAAUCUAGUUCAACCGAAGCGGAAAUAACGACGGACUCUGCAACGCAGAGCAUUGUUGUCAAACUCUUGAACUCUGAACCUCAUUCUUCGUCUUGUCUUGAUCAAAGUGCAGGGAACAUGGGCAGACCGGACUACGGGGACCUGAAGUCGCUUACCUCUACUGUAGGUUCUACAUUUGUGUUCAAGAAAAGCGCCAUGGGCGACGCAUGCAGAAAUGACGCUUCAAACGAUGCGAAGAGCAUUAUCCUUCCGGAUUUAUCAUCCAGAGUUUUUGAACAGCACAUGGACAGUAACGUCAGUCGAUCGAAUUUAGCAUCGGUCGAAAAUCCGGCAGGCCAGCCGCGGAAUUUUGUCCUGAAGAAAGAACUGUCCCUCGUUGAACCCUUCGUCAUGGAAGGCAAUGCGGGUCACGAGAAAUCCAGUCCUGCACCAGGAGAACUUCUUAAUAUUGACAAUGACGCUACGGCAGUCGAAUCAGGCGGUUCCCCCUGCAGUCGCAGACAUGAGCGGCGGUAUCAUACCUCUGAUGGAAUCGAAUCGCUGGAGCCACAACAGAACCUGCCCGGAAUUUUGAAGCGCUUUUCUUGGAGCGUAGCCGCCAACUGCUCCAGCCUUCAGAAACCGAAGUUUGGAGCCCAGAUCUGGCGCAAAGCCAGCUCUGGCACGAUCAGUAGCGACUCCUGCUGUAGCUCUAGCGGGAUUUCUAGUGGAAGCUCUCAGACGUGCAUCAACAACAGCGAAUGUGACUCAAACGAUAGCAGUAGAACUUUCUGCAAAUUAACUCAGGGAAACCAGCCGGUUUCGAGUGGCAUCCAAAGCGUCGGGGAACAGUUCGCAGGUGACGUCAGCAAGACCCCGUUGCCUCCGACCGUUGAACAGAACGAGUCCUCCUUCCAUGAGAAAAAGUUAAUACCCACUGAAACAAUCAGACCUGAUUGUUCGGUGAUCAUUUCUGCUGACGACGAUCCAACGCUGAUCCCAAGCCAGAAGCGUCUUUCUGCCCGAGAUGCGCCUGGAUCACGGCAGUCAAAACCAGACCUCCUUGUCGAAAUCCCUUUAGAUAAUGGCGCGCCUUCUGAACAUAAGACCAGUUGUGAGAAACAUGUGGCAAGCGGAAGUCCCUCGUCUUUCAGGUUGCAGCAAGGAUACAUGACCAAGGAACAAUUUCUAAAAGCGGUCCUGGAAAGGAAUAUGAAUAUUUCAUACAUCUGA